UAAAUUUUUUUUAAUUUUUUUAUUUUAUUUAAAUAAUGAUUUAUUAUAUAUAUAUAAAUAACAAGGGUAUAAGAGUCUUUUGCCAUUUAAUGAAGAAGUCAUUUUUGAAAAUAUCUCAUUAGUGAUAAUAAAAAUGAAAAGUGGUACCAUGAAAGUGGUAAACAUGUAAUUUCUCUAAUUGAUAAUGUAUUUAUUUAUAAAUAUUUGUAAAAUUAUUGUGUCCGCACGGACAAAAUACUUGUUUUUGUUUAUUUAAAAAGGUUAAUGAACAUUAAUUUGGAAUUUCUCAAACGCUGAAAAGAUAAAAAUUUGAGCUAUGAAAUUAGUUAAAACUUAAACAAAAACUCAGAAACUACCGAAUAGAAAAACGAAAAAUGCUUACGUGCAGGUGAAGUUUUGUAUUUUUUUUAUCAUAUGUGGAUUGACAUUAAAACCACCCGAAAAACAUCUGAAACAUAAGCCGAACAACCCUAGUCACAAGCCAAACAUCUCUAGAAACAAUAACACUAGAUGAAAGCAUGUAAGUUAAAAUCCUAGAUCUACAAGCCAGCAUUCUAAAAAAACUAGAUUAAAAUAUACAACUUAGAAAACAAAAUUCACAUAUGCUCAAAUCCACCAUAUGUAGAAUUAUCACAUCAACCAUAGAAGCUAUAACAAGUAAACAAUAUUGGAGAUAAGAUCUCACAUUAGAAAUAUGAAUCGAACUUAAGUAAUAUAUAAGAGACUUGAGCCACUCCACUUAUCGCCAAUUGAUUUUAAGUUAAAGCGCAGAAAAUUUACUAUGGUAUUAGAGUAAACCUACACCAUGAUCCAUUAAUCCGGCCCGAAAAGAAGCCCCGAUCAUCCCACUAGCUGAUAGUACAUAUAAGGUUUAGUUCCGGCUCAGUUCCGUAGAGAUUGUUAGAAAAAUAAAACAUUGUCUCGGAUGAAUUUUACGAGAUUAAUGGUUAUACGCACUAUUAUCUCGAAAAAAAGUUUUAAAGAUAAAAUCUUAUAUUGGAAAAAUAGAAAGGACUUGAGUGAUAUUUAAGAGACUUUGGGUACUACACUUACCGCCAAUUAGUAUUAAGUUGAAGCCGAAUAAACUUAUCAAACAACUUUCAUGACCAACCAAAGAGGACCAUCCUUGGACCAAACCCCCAUCCUGAAUGGAGAUGACUGGAGGACAACUAGGACUUGAUGAAGAAAUAAUUAAUCUCGUAAAAUCCAUUAAUAUGUGUUGUACUGCCUUGUUUAGUUUAUUCUUUAACUGAACUGCCUUGUUUAUUUGCAAUCAAAUUCACAGUGUCCGCACGCUGUUGGUAUUUGUGCUCAAUAGAUACAACAUCAAGUCCACAAUAGCUGCGUGAUUGUGACUAAUUAUAGGUUUGAUAGGGGGAAAAAGAAAAGUGCUAUCCAAUACAUGGUAACGCGUGAGAUAAAAGAAACUAUUGUUGAAAGAAAAUCUAUAUUUUAUAUUUAAUUUAUUUCUCAUUAGUUUUAAUUUUUUUUGCAUUUUUAUAAUCAAAAUUAAAUAAUUCAUUUUGACUCGUAUGAUAUUAUUCUAAAUAUUUUUGUGUAUUUAGUAAAGAACCCGACAAUCAUAAAACUUUUUAUCGUAACUCAACUAUACUAUUGACUAUUUAUUUUUCAAAUUAAAUGAAUAUUUUAUGUUUCCAAAAAUAAAAAUGAACAGUGGUUUAAUUUUAAUAUUGUCAUUUUAUUUUAAAACUUUCAUUGAUUUCUACCAAUUUAAAUAUUUAUUUUAUGUGCUUACUACCUUAAAUUCCGUUUUAAUCUAAAAAUAAGUAAUGUGCUAAUUUAGUUUAAUAAUAUGAUUAUACUUUUUUUAGCACAAUACAGUAUGAUUACACUUAUGAACGAUAUAAAUAUAUGAUUUAUUUUCGCUUUUAAAAAUUAAUAAACAAGAUAUUAAUUUAUAAUUAUAUUUUGACAUUUUGUGAUUUAAUUUAAUUAUUAAAAAUAGAGAGAUUUUUCAAAAGUAUUUGGUUAUAAUAGAAAAUGAUAUAUAUAUUUGUAAUUAAUUUAAAAUAUAUCAAAGGAUAUCAUCACUAGUUAUUUAAUUUUUCAUUAGUUAAUGAAUUAGAAAGAUAUUUGAUAAUAUUAUUUUUUUAAUAAUUGUCUAAAAAUUAUAAAAGUGAUACAAAUCGUAAAAAAACACAUAAGACAAAUGUUACUCUCAUUUAUUAUUUCUGUUUUAAUAAGAUAAAUGUUACUUUACAAAUGAACUUUAAUUAAGUUCAGUUUACUUUGAAAAGCCCCGUAUAGUGCACCUGCUCGGCAACAAAAUGGGAUUAGACUAAUCCCAAUAAUGAAAUAACUAGCCAAAAAAGCUUAUCCAUGCACACUGUAAGUGAUUUUAAAUCAAUUAGUAUACUGUAUUUGUUAACAAGACUGCCACGAUAACUCUCAACAAAAAGAGUUUUCUGAUUCGGAGGGAUUCCAAUUAUUAUGGAACACUUUAAAUGCGUUCAAUCACAGCCGUCCGCGCCAAUCCAACUCUAAGAUCUCAUUCAAGAGAGUAUUUGGACACCUGACUUUUCAGCCUAUAAAUAGAAAGAAGCUGAGAGACACAAACAAGCAUAAAAGCAAAAGACUUUACAAAGAAGCAGAAAAACAAAAAAACUUGUGCUUUCUAUUGCGAAAAGAAGAUGAAUACUGAUGCUGUAGCUCCAACUUUGCAAGGCGAGUGGAUCAAGGUGGAGCAGAAAGGAGGAAAUGCACCAGGAAAGAGAUGCUCACACGGCAUAGCUGUGGUCGGGGAUAAGCUCUAUUCUUUCGGCGGCGAGUUAGAGACAAACGUUGCCAUCGACAAAGACCUUUAUGUCUUUGACCUCAACACUCAAAACUGGUCAAUCGCUCCGGCCAACGGAGAUGUCGUCCCUACGAUCAGCAGCUUCGGCGUCCGCAUGGUGGCCGUCGGAACUAAGCUAUAUGUCUUCGGGGGCCGCAAUGAGGAUAAAGUGUCCAGCGACUUUUACUCGUACGAUACGGUGACGAACGAGUGGAAGUUCCUGACGAAGCUCGGCGAAGAGGGAGGACCCGAGACUCGUACUUACCAUUCAAUGGCAGCAGAUGAAAACCAUGUCUAUGUAUUUGGUGGGGUGAACCAAGGUGGGGAGAUGGUAACCCCCUUUCGGUUCAGGACGGUGGAGUCGUAUAACAUUGAUGAUGGGAAAUGGGCUCAGCUACCGGAUCCUGGUGAGCAGUUCCCUAUGUUCGAGAAAAGAGGAGGAGCUGGAUUCCAUGUGGUGCAAGGGAAGAUUUGGGUGGUUUACGGGUUUGCAACUUCGCCUGAUCCUAAUGGGAAUAAUGACUACGAGUCUGAUAAAGUGCAAUUUUACGAUCCGGCCUCUCAAAAAUGGACCCAAGUAGAGACCAAAGGAGAUAAACCUUCAGCAAGGAGCGUGUUUGCGAGUGCGGUGGUAGGAAAACAUAUACUGAUAUUCGGAGGUGAGACCUGGCCGGAUCCAAACUUCCAUUACGGUCCGGGAACGUUGUCCAAUGAGGGUUUCGCAUUGGACACAGAGACAUUGGUGUGGGAGAGGUUUACAGGAGGGGAUGAUCCGGAUACGCGUGGUUGGACGGCUUCCACGGCUGCCACAGCCUAUGGGAAGAAAGGCCUCUUCAUGCAUGGAGGAAAAAUUCCGACCAAUGACCGAACCGAUGAACUCUACUUCUACGCAGUCAAUUCCGCCUGAUCCAUGCUCUCAUUCUCAAGGUUACUUUGUUUGUUUGUUGAGUAUUAUAUGAGACAAUGAAGGUUUGUGUUUGCAUGUUUUCUUUAUUACUCUAAAUCAAGUUACGUGUGUUCUGUGUGUUUGUGGUUUGGAAAUUGUUAUCGUAAUAAAGUGUUUACGUGUGUCUCUAAUAAAUGAUAUGAUAUAUCUACAGAUUUGUUUGUAUCA